AUGAGUUACCUCGUUCGCACAGAACGCAUCCUAGCCUACGUAUUCGCCUUUUCCUUGACGCGUAUGACAUAUUCGAUGAGCGAUACUCGAACUCACGACCUCAAAUUCCGCCAAGGACAUGAAAGUGGAGACUUCUUAUGUUGUACCAUCCGGUCAUAUCUGUGGGCGCUCGGACCAUUCAUGAAGCUGACCUGCUUGGAGAUGUCAUCAGGCGUACAUACAUCGCGCGGGUCCUUUACAGGCAAGGCAAAGUCGCAACGCAGCGGCCACAACAAAAGCGUCGGCGUCACGUCCCGAGAUGAGUCGUGCAGAGCCAACUUCUUCGGUCUACCUGCAGAGCUUCGUAUCCAAAUAUACGAGCAUGUCGCAGAGCAGACGAAAAUAAUACUACCUGCAGUCAGAUCACGAGGGAAAGUGCCCAAUGCUCCGGGCCUACUCAUGGCGUGUAGAAGGACCAGGCAGGAGUACUACCCAAUUCUUCUAUGCACUGCUGCAAUCACGGUAGAAGUCAUCCGCUACGACUUCGACAAUUUUAUCAACGUCCUAGCCUCCAUGUCAGAAGAGGAUGAAGCCGCUCUUCGCUCAAACCAGCGUGUCACAGUCAUUCUUUCCCUAUUCUGCUCAACAACCCGAGAGGAGCGACCUGCGUUGUUGAGAUGGCUACUUCAUAGCUACCGCAUCACGACCAAAGAUGCAGGAGAGAGGAUACCCGUAAGCUACGAUAUCAGCAGUGCAACUCGUGCCAGGCUUCCAGCAGGAUCGCGAAAGACCGCUACAAACUUGUCCAUGUGCCGAGACACGCUUAGACUCUGUAGGAACAUUCUCACGCUUGCUGGUAUCGUCAAGGAGCAAUUGGAGCCGAGCUAUGCGCUUCCUGAGCUGGAGAGGAUUGUUGCGGAUCUUCGAAAGUGUUUGCAGAAGAUGGAUGAUGAGGCUAGAGCACUUCGAGAUGCUGAACACGGUUGA